GCAUAUUUUUCUGUGGUGAAGAAAACGAUCUUAUCCAAUCACGUCGAAGUUUACUUGCCCUCAUGGAAGUUGGAGGAAAACAUUAAAAAUCUAGACCAUUGAAAGGAUGUCAUCCAAUUGCAGUGUGACCACAUUACAGCUGGACUCAGUGAGCCAGGCAGAAUGCCCCCCUGUUCACCUGCUGCCCUGUGAGAUAGAACAUGACGGGCCUGCAGAGGUGUCCCAGUUCUUCACAGCCACCAUCAAAGACCGAAAACAUGAGAAAACGGUGUCGUUCAGGGGUCGUGGGUUAAAAGGUCAGGAGGUCAGCUGUCCGCAGGGCUACACAGGCCUGGUGCUGAGAGAGGUCAACAAAUCAGGCUCUGACCAGGAGGACAGGACUGUGAAAGUGUCCUCAGUGUUCCAUAAAGUCACCUACUGGAACCUCGAGACUUCGCCCAACUCUGAUGACGGCAUCGUCAUGGCAAUGGCCUGGCCGGAUCUGGCAGAAGCGAUACAUGGGCCGGUGGAUGACUGACAUGGAAGAGGCCAAAGCAAAGAAGAUCAAUCCCUUCUCUACCCUCCUUUUCAUGCUGCAGCCUGAAGACUGCCUCU